AUAUCUCUCAAACGUUUCAAUUCUUAUGAACAAUUACAAAUUCUCUAGUCUUAUCAUCAAUGGCUAUGGAAGGCUCUCUUUGUCAAAGCCUAUGCUCAUCUCGCCCUUCUCCAAUUCCGUGCCAAACUCUUCUUCCCCACCGCCGGGAUUCAACGCUUCCGAUGCGGUGGAGUGAGAGAACCGUCGCAAACCGCCGCAGAAUGGCGGUUGGAUGCGCGAAUUUGGGAUCGGCACCGGCGGCGAGGGCGGAGAGGGAGCUCGAGGGCGCGGUGAGCGCCGAGGAGGUGGCGGACUGGAUGAAGGCGGCGAGGUUGAGUGAGAAGUGCGGCGAAGGGCGAGGAAUGGUGGAGAUUCUCGAGUGCUUGGAGCGGGAGGCGAUCAUGGGGGAGGACCAAGGGAGAGAGGCUAGCGACUACAACCGCAGGGCUCAGAUCUUCGACAGGAGUUCUAGAGUUUUCCAGGCUCUCAAGGAAAGUACUAGUGCUGCUGCUACUACUUCUGAUCACCAUGAAUCUUGACCUGGCAAUGACAACCGUAGUUGUGUUGUAUAUGAAUGUGAAUUCUGUUUCUAAUAAGCGUUUUGUGGAAGUCAUGAAAAGUAGUGACUUUUGAUAGCCUGAUAGUCAUUUUCAUGUUUCAAUCAUUGAAUACAAAGCAAAGAGAGUGAGAUCCUGUGAUAAGAAUUUUUCCA